AUCGGAGCCAUCAGCGAGAAGCAGUACGACGACGCCUUCACUGUACAGAUGGUUGACCCCGAGCUAGAGGAGAUCUUCAACUACAUGGCUGGGAUGGUGCCCUUUAUACAGAAGCUGGUGGCAGAUAAAAAAGAUGGCGCUGUCCUGAAUGCCAAGAUGACACAUGACACCAUAACUAUUGUGGAGCUGCUGGUCAGUCUACUGGGCAUCCCGUGUCGAGGCGCGCCAGACAUGCUGACCUGCUAGACAAGAGCAGCUCCCCCACCUACAAGUACUUCCCACAGCUCAGCAGCUGGAUCUCACAGUUCCUGGCUACCAACGGAGACAUGACGGCCUCGGAGAUUGGGAACAACAUGCUGGUGCAACAGGUGCUGAGACUGGUGCACUUCCUGGUCAAGUAUGGCUUCUACCACAAGGCCGCCGACAUCAAGAUGUUGCUCAAACCUCUCCUGUCCCUGGUCGACGGCAGAAACGACAAACCUUUCCCUGCAAAAUUCCAAGGAUCUGUCUCACUAUGAGUAUGAUGAGAUGAUCAGAAAGUCUAUGUACCUGCUCAACCGCUACUACUCUGCCCACAACAACCUCUUUAGCCGGGCUGUGCAGGCACAGGUCCUGACCACAGACGAGUCGGUGCGGGUGGCGGCCAAACUGGACACCCUGCUCCCUGGUCUGCGUCGUCUGGCCACCUCCAAACUGAACGAGGAGAAAGUCACAGAACUCUGUGACAUACUGGAGCAGCUCACAGAAAUGUGUCACCUGAAGGGAGAGAAGGAAGAACAGCACUCGAUGAACCAGAAUAUUCUUUACAACUUUGGUUUGCUGGAGGACUGUUUCACCAUUCUGUCACAAGACAUUGACGUCAAGCUGCUGGUGUUCACUGGUAACUCCAACACCUGUAUGAAGAUCACCAACAACCAGGUUCAGAAGAUCAUGGCCCAGGUGGCCAAGCACAAGACAGACGUGCCCCAGUUCUUGGACCUCCUCAACGCUGUGGUUAAGGUGGAAGAGCUUGACCUUCCCCUGAAGCGGAACCAGGGAUUCGUGAUGACCUACUUCAUGCAGUACCGGGCUGAGGUGGCCGACAUCAUCGACGAAGGGGAGAAUAAACACAAUCGCAUGCAGAUUCUGGAAGGUGCUCAGUCCAAAGAUCUCAGUUACCUGAUAGCUCUUGUCGACCUGUUGGCCACGUGUGCAGAGGGUGAGAACCGCUACAUCGAGUCCAUCUGUCAGACCAUUUUCUCCAUCCCGGACAUGCUGAGUGUCCUCAAUAACCGGGGGAUCAACAACAACUUCAAGAGGCCCUUCCUCCGCUUCUUCCUCUGGGUGUACCUCAACACUGCAGGGGGCAUGAUAGAGAGUGGGGCCGGAGACCUGCCUCAUGACAAAGCUAUCUGGAGCUACCUGGACGCCCUGAACUCUGACCUUCAGCGAAUGCAGCAGUACACCGAGAGAAACCCGGACGUCGUUAAAGUGCUGCUCAAGCAAGCUCCUACCAAAAACGACAAGGAAGACAUAGAACUCCAUGAGAUGAGAGGGACAUUACAUUAUUUCUUCGACGCUGUCAUGCCGUUUUUCCAGAAAAUUGAAGACUUCCGAUCCAAGUACUCGUCUGGGACAGGAACUCAGGACAUCCGCAGCGAUGCCAGGAGGAAUCUCCCAGAAACUGCCGGUCCUGUCGGAGAAAGAACGGCUAGAACAGCUGGAGCUGGAUGUGAAGUGUCUCAUGUUGUUGAGGGGACUUAUACACAACGAGAUCGUCAAACUGCCGGAGGACUGGGAGACCGACCUCAAGAGCAACAAGAAACGUUUGCUCCACGCCAUGCACCAGGCCAAGAUUGAAGAACUGGUGGCCCAGGCCAAGGCCCUACAGAAGGCCAUGAAGACUGGACAGGCAAACCCCAGUGACACAUUGAUGGCCACACAGCUGGGCUCCAUGUUCUCCAUGGCCAAACAGUCCAGGCUCAGUUUGCAGAAGUCCAAGAAGAAUGUGAAGGGUUCUCGUGUGUCCUUGAACAACCAGCGCAACAACCUCCGACCCGGAAGCCAUAAGGCGAAGAAGGCCCUGGGCAGUCAGUUCCUCAACACGGGAGACAAGCUGGCGUCCGCCAUCAACGGCGAGAGUCUCAUGGUGCCCGAGGUGGGAGCCAAGCCCUCACUCGGCAAUGGGAGCAGCUCGAAGAAAAAGCAGCAGGUGGCACCAGAGUCGCCCAACGAAACAAAUGUGGAGGUCAAGAUAGAGGAGCUGGACGACGAUGAACUGAAGGAACUGACGGAGAACGCGGUGGCAAUGUCUGACGACCUUGACUUCAAGGACGACGGCUACAUCGAGCUGGUUCUCAGAGUGCUGGGACUUAUGUGUGACAACCAGAAGAAAGGACUGGAAACUUCCAGAACCAGGCCAUUGUGUUUGACAACAAGAUCUGUGAAUACAUCAACCACAUGCUCAGGGUGGGCCAGUUCAAGAACUGCUCUAGGGAGGAGAUCUACACGCUGAAGAGUUCCAUCGCUGCCCUGAUCCGCUCUCUGUCCGAGGAGAACCCGCCCAAUCAGGAGGAGGAUGGACCGGCGGGCACACAGCCUCUUUCACAGAUGCCCAAGGCUGUGAAGCCAGAGGUGAUGGAGUAUCUGGACUCUGACACUCUGGUCAGUGUGAUGAUGGAGGCCUACAACGCUCUAGGGAACGUCCUUCGUGAAGAGAUCAAGGAGAAGUUCAAGUACGAGGUGGACCGCACCAGCCCCAGCAACAAGCUGAGGGACUUCAUGGACUGGUCCAGCUGCAUCAUCGAGGACAUCAAGUACCAGAGGAAGAUACACUCCAGCGCCAUCGCAAGGUUCUUUGUGCAGUCCUGGUCGUUAGUGCCUUUGAAAAAUGAGGAUGACGAUGAAGAAGAAGAAGAGGAAAAAGCCGGGGCUCACUUAGAAGUGAGGUUCUUCAGUGUCAUGACCUUCUACUACCUGACGUUCCUGGUGUGUUCCGGCCUUGGCACAGUUUUCUACGGCUACUUCUUCUCCUUCCACCUGCUCCACAUGGCCCUGAUGAACCAGCUGCUCAAGAGGGUCAUCCAGGCGGUCACUCGGAAUGGCGUGUCGCUGAUCCUAGUCGCCAUCUUGGGUCUAGCCAUCACGUUCAUGUUUUCCCUGGUAGCUUUCGCUUUCUAUCGAGAUCUGCUGGACCAGAACAAUGGCCGACAAUGUGAGACGUCCUACGAGUGUUUUACCACGCUCAUACACCAUGGCAUUGUGGAGGGGAUGUAUACGUGGCAAAUUGACAACGACAUGAAGACCACAUGUUUCAUCUGCAGCAGGGAGAGCUACGACUUUGAGAGACAGGCGGGGGGUUUUGAGAAGCACGUGAAGACAGAACACAACCAGUGGGCCUACCUCUUCUUCUUCAUCCAUCUGGAUGAGACAAGACCCAACGACUACUCAGCUUUAGAACUCUUUGUUCAUAAUCUGCUGAAGAAGAACAAUUUUGAUUUCUUCCCCCUGAACCGGGCGCUGAGUCUCCAACAUGAGGAGGAUAGCAGUGAGAUGAAGCUAGAGACACUGAUGCAGCAGGUGGACUAUCUGGUCACCAAGAUGAAGGAGGAG